AUGAAUCUCCUUCUCCUAGCGGGCUUGUUACCCCUGGUGGCUUCCCAAUCUCUGUCGGACCUCUACCUCGAGAACGCCCCGUCCUCUCCUCGGCCAUACAUCAUUCCCCAUUACGCCAACUCCCAUGCAGUCACGAUUGGCAAUCAACUCUACCGAUUCACGGUCACCGGGCCAUCCUCCGACUAUGCGUUUACGCUGAUGAGCACCAAUGCCCCCUACAGCGGCAGUCUCGGCGUGCUCCCGCAUAUCCACCGCGAGCAUUACGAGAACUUUUUCAACUUCAAGGGUCGCUUCCAGCUGUGGGCGCAGUACGGCGAGGAGGAACAACAGGCACGGUUAUUGACUCAGGGCGAUUAUGGGUCGGUGCCGAGGAAUACCACCCACACCUUCCAGAUCUUAGAUCCGGACACAGAGAUGGUUGGGGUGAUCUCCCCGGGUGGCUUCGAGGACCUCUUCUACAACCUGGGCACCAACUACACUUCCGCCACCAACACACCCUAUGUACCACAGGCGACCAAUGAUUCUUCGGCUGCCGGACCGGAUGCUGGCGGAAUAUCCGGUCUCGAAUCAUUCGAUGUCUAUGCCCAGCUAUCUUUCGAGCCGCGUCGAGACUUCGUCAAUGGCUCCGCGCCAUCCGACGAGGGCUGGCACACGGAGGACGCUUCCCUCGGCGAGCCGGGAAAGCCCUAUUUCAUCGCCAACAACUAUGGCCCGAAGUACCUCAACUCCAAGCACGGAGCGUACCAGAUUGUCCAGCCGCUGGUUACCAAUAGCCAGGCACAGGAUACGAACUUCACCCUGUCGACCAUUAUUUUGAGCCGGCAGCGGACGUCGAGUUCGGCCCCGACGUGGUCCACCGCCGGAGCCACGGCGUUUGAAGUCCUGGAAGGAUCCGUUCAAAUUCAGAUCGGCGACUAUCCGGCUGCUCAGCUAGAGAUGGGCGAUGUGGCCUUCGUGCCUGCGACGGUGUCGUAUCGCUAUUGGACGCAAGGGUCAUAUGCGAAGGUGUUGUCCGUCAAUGCUGGUCAGGAUGGACUUAACCAGCAAUUGAUUGACGAGGGGCAGGCAUGGGGAUAUCCGACAUUCCCACGGUAUUGA